ACUGGAACAGAUGUGGCCAGGCAGUACACGGAUGUGGGCUGUAAUGAACGUAGCACUGCGUUGUCCUGAGAGGUGGAAAAAACUGAGCUAACGAAACGGGGAGGAGCGACGGCAUCACAGGCAUGACUGAAACCGGAGGAGAGGACUCACAGAGGGAUACUGUCCUCCUGUGCUGACACUUCAAGUGUGUAAGCCUCAUUUAACAGUGGACUGCCUAUGAUAUUUAGUUCAUGGCUUUUAGCAUUCCUGUAACUGCCGGGCGCUGAGGGGGACUUGUCUGACGGUUAACUAUAUGGCCAGCUAGCACAACGCAGCUAACGAGAGUUAGCUGCUGCCGGACCCGGCGAAUUGAAGAGACGAGGACGGGAAUGGCAAGAGUUCACUCGGGAAGCCUUUUCAGGAGAAACAACGACUAACCAUACUAAACCAGCGCAGAUUUCGUUAGUUCUCUGAAUCACUGGUUGUUGGUGCUAUUGUAAUCUCCAUCAUGGUGCAGAAGUACCAGUCACCUGUACGGGUGUACAAGCAUCCCUUUGAGCUUGUGAUGGCGGCCUAUGAGCGCCGGUUCCCCACCUGUCAACUAAUCCCCAUGUUUGUGGCGAGUGACGUGAUGGAUGAGGAGAUCAGUGAAGAUGGAUCCACCCACAGGAUUGAGCGCCGCUGUGCCCUGGAUGUGGAUGCCCCACGGCUGCUCAAAAGGGUAUGUUGAACAGCAGAUCUUCAGUUAAUGUGCCUCACAAGUGUAAUGAUGUUUGAGAAGAGGACUCUGCACAUUGAGUCACACAAUGAGACCUUCUCCAACAGGGUCAUCAUCCAUGAGAUCUGCUGCUAUUCGGUCCACCCGGAGAAUGAGGACUGGACUUGUUUUGAGCAGACUGCCAGUCUGGACAUCAAGUCUUUCUUCGGCUUUGAGAGCACAGUUGAAAAGAUUGCUAUGAAACAGUAUGCGAGCAGUAUCAAAAAGGGAAAAGAAAUCAUCGAGUUCUACUUGAAGGAGCUAGAAGAUGAAGGCAUCACCCACAUGCCCCGCUGGGCUCCCUCCCCUCUUUCUCUGCCUCCCCCCAGGCCAACCAGUCUCUGCACCAGACAAUCUGACCUCUUGAAACUUGUGGUCACACCUGCCGUUUCUGCUCCACUGCCCACCGACACCAAGGACAGCACCUCACAGGACACCAAGCAGGACAGCAGUGCACUUCAGGCCGACAGCCUAACUGAGAUCCUGGCUGGAACACCUGAUGACAAGCUGGAUGCAGAUUAUAUCAAACGUUACCUAGGUGACCUGACCCCCCUGCAGGAGAGCUGUCUGAUCAGACUCCGCAAGUGGCUGCAGGAGACACACAAGGGAAAGAUCCCUAAGGAUGAGCACAUCCUGCGUUUCUUGCGGGCGAGGGACUUCAACAUGGACAAGGCGCGGGAGAUUCUCUGCCAGUCGUUGACCUGGAGGAAGCAGCACCAGGUGGACUACCUGCUGGAGACCUGGAGCUCACCGCAGGUCCUCCAGGACUACUACACUGGGGGCUGGCACCACCAUGACAGAGAUGGUCGUCCUUUGUACAUCCUGAGGCUGGGCCAGAUGGACACUAAAGGACUGGUCCGUGCUCUCGGAGAGGAGUCUUUGCUCAGACAUGUGCUGUCUAUCAAUGAGGAGGGUUUGAGGCGCUGUGAGGAGAACACCAAGGUGUUUGGGCGACCCAUCAGCUGUUGGACAUGUCUGGUAGACCUGGAGGGGCUGAACAUGCGCCACCUGUGGCGGCCAGGAGUCAAGGCACUGCUGAGGAUCAUUGAGGUUGUGGAGGCCAACUACCCAGAGACUCUGGGAAGGCUGCUCAUCUUGAGAGCUCCCAGAGUCUUCCCUGUCCUCUGGACACUGGUGAGUCCAUUCAUCGAUGAAAACACCCGCAAGAAGUUCCUGAUCUAUGCAGGCAAUGACUACCAGGGUCCUGGAGGGCUGGUGGACUACAUCAACAAAGAGAUUAUCCCUGACUUCCUGGGAGGAGAGUGUAUGUGUGAGGUACCAGAAGGCGGCCUGGUUCCCAAGUCAAUGUAUCGCACAGCGGAGGAGCUCGAGAACGAGGAUGUCCGCCUGUGGACUGAGACAAUCUACCAGUGCGCCAGCAUCUUUAAGGGAGCUCCACAUGAGCUGCUGAUAGAAAUCAUAGAUGCCUCCUCAGUGAUCACCUGGGACUUUGAUGUGUGCAAAGGUGAUGUAGUUUUCAACAUCUACCACUCCAAGCGAGCCCCCCAGCUUCCUCGUAAAGACCCCCUCGGAGCCCACAGCAUCACUUCCCCGGGUGGCAACAAUGUCCAGCUUAUUGACAAGUCAUGGACGCUGGGGCAAGAUUACAGCAUGGUGGAGUCCCCACUCUCCUGCAAGGAGGGCGAGAGUGUACAGGGCUCCCAUAUAACGAGAUGGCCAGGUUUCUACAUUCUCCAGUGGAAGUUCCACAACAUGCCAGCCUGCUCGGCCACCAACCUGCCCCGAGUGGAUGACGUGUUGGCCACCCUGCAGGUCUCCUCGCACAAGUGUAAAGUCAUGUACUACACUGAGGUGUUGGGCUCUGAGGAUUUCAGGGGUUCAAUGACCAGUCUGGAGUCGAGCCACAGCGGCUUCUCUCGGCUCAGCGCUGUCACCACCUCCUCCAACCAAUCACAGUCCAGCUCAAUGAUCUCCAGGUAGAAACUGGAGGCUGAGGACUUCUGUCCCCACUGCCCCACUCCCCAAAUGCCCUUACCAUCAGCACUGAAGCCAACUCUCCUCUUGCCUCCCCUCCUCAUCUUUGGAAUCUGUUCCUAUUGCACAGCCAGUCUCCAUGGAACUGAAGCAUGCUUGCACAAACAGAAGACAAAGAAUAAAAAAAAAAAUUCUGAGGCAAAAAGAAAAUACAGAGACUCUGUAUACAAUUUAAAGGGCUGAUUUUUUUUGCACAAAGGUCAUAUUUUUCAUGCCUAGCACCUCUGCUGGAUGGCAGUUUGAAUCAGAACAUUAGCUGAAUGUUUGUGUUGCGUCUCCAGCAGGGUGAAGAGGUUAAAGUUCAGGAGUUGAGGUUUCUUGUGGCACUGGAAGCUGAAAGAAGCAAUAUUCUCAUCCUCUGAGCUAUGAGACCGGAGGACGAUACUGGAGGCGCUGUUACAUAUAUAUGCAUUUACAUGCACACCCACAUAAACAAUACUGAGACGACGUAUACCUCGUUCAUGUGCGUCGGCUAAAAAAAAGACUGGAUGUGCUGUUACAUACAAAAAAACACAUACAUACACACAUGGGCAUCUGAUGACAUGCAAAAAUGUAUGGUUUGCCAUAUUGUUACCAGAGGGGUUUGUUCAGAUCUGGUGAACUGUUUAUAGGUCAAGUGUGGGUGGAUGAGGUCAACUCCUAACCAGACCUGGGUUGAAUAUCACCUACAAAUAAUGUUAUAUUUUUUCAAACCACUGGGUGGAGCUCACUGUAUCAGGACAAUACAGAUGAUGUCAGCUAAGUUGCUAGUUGAUGGGAAGUGAGAAUCUUCCCUGCGACUGUGAACGUUCUGGCAUUCAUUCUUUUGUCUUUAUGAGGUAAACCCCACCUGUCUCUCUCACGAGGGCUUUAUUACACCUGCAGAAGCAUUUGACUCUUUGACUUGGGUCUGACUCUCGCGAAGUAAUGCGCUAGAAGCAAUAAUGAGUUUGACUUCCUACUGUGUGAAAUAUUUCUAUUUAUCAUUAAGAUGUUUGUGGAGGAUCAUGUGUGCUAUUUGGAGAUGACCUUUUUAUUUUGUACAGGCAGACAGACGGGCAAACUGAGCCACUAAACAACUAAAUUCCGUGCCAUCAACAUUAUCACUUGUCAUGUCCAGAGAGAAACACAAAUAACUUGCCAGAUUUUCUCCUGGAUGUGUUUUCUUAUCUUCAUACAUUCAAAGCUACAAUAACUAUUGCUCUGAAUAGCCGUGGUUAGUUUGCUUUCUGUCAGGCAUCUGCACGAUUAAGGAACUUGAGUCAAAGUCAAGUCAUCAAGAAGAUGCCUUGUCGCUGAUUUGUGGAUGUGCUACUGAUUGGCUAGCGCUCGCUGGCCAAUGAAAUGCCUGAAUUUGGAGGGUUGUGGUACAAUUGGGCAGAACUGGCAGAACCAUCUCAUCAUCAUCUUCUGUUUUGGUAUAAAAUUCAGUGUGCUUUAGGGAUGAAUGUUACUUUGUGAUUAUCAUUUGACGGUGCGCCAGUAGAUGGCAUAUUGAUAGUGUACAUGUGCUGUGUGGAGUUUGUUACUGUUUUUCACAGAUGAAUCCUUGUUGGGGAGAAGCAGUGUGGUAUGUUACUGUGUGUAGUGACUGGGUUUACAUAUCUAUUAUUUAAUACUAAGAUAAAGCCAUUAAGAGCCAUGUGUCAAUACUAUUUUAACUAUUUUAGUCUUCACAUAGAGAUGUACCUGCUUUUUUCAAGGUCAUCACUGUAAUAGAUGAGCAAGUGUGAAUAAGACGAACAUUUCUAAAUGCAUGUAUAACCGUUUUUAAAUACAGGUUAUUUGGUUAAUAAGCACUGACUUCACAUCCACCCGACUCCAAGUAGACGACAGUAACGAUCAGUGCCAAAAGUCAUCCGGUGCUGUUGCCGUGGUUACCAAGUGCAGCUGACAGCAAAAAAAAAAAAAAAAAAAGGCAGUGAGUCAGAGGUUCUCUCCUGAAAUUACUGGCCCUGCCUGUUGUUUUUUGGUACAUGAACCUGCUUGUCUUUCAAGGGUUAACUAUAUGUCAUUAACUGCAAUAACAUGAAAUUCUUUACUGAGAAAAAAAGACUUCAGAUUGAGAACUAUUAAGUGUGUAUGAUGGUGUAAAAGAAUGAACGUUAGUAGUAGUGGAAUAAAAGAGCUGCCUGUAAAAUGUGGGUAAACACUC